AUGGAUAGACUGUUCCAGAAGUUUAGCAACCUCUUUGAGCAAAGUCGGGAGGUGCUGGGGAAAGACCAAUUUGAUACUCCAGUUGACAUUAGUAAGCUCCCCCCCAACUACCACCAUGAGGAGAAUAAGCAGCAGAGAGUGGGAAAUUCCACUUUUUUCAGACACUAUGAAAUCAGUAAAAUGACUGAUAACCAUACAGGUGAUAUGAUGUUUUCAGAGAAAUCUUUGACCUCUGUUGAGCAAAAAGAGAUUUAUCCAAAGGAAGAGGUCAGUAUGCAAAAUACAAGCAUAUUUGCUUACCUUUACCUGCCAGAUUUAGGCUGCUUAUAUAUGUACUGUACAUGUUUGUGUGUGAGAGGAAAAGAAUGUGUGGAAGAGACAGGUAGUGUUAUGUUAGAGGAACUCUAUUGUAGAUCCAAGCUUUCGGUGAGGAAGUACUUGUUAGUGAUGAUGGAUCAUGCUUAUAACAACACUCUUGAGAAUAGAGCAGUUGUGCAAUUAACUGCAGUUUUGUCAACAGAUACAAUGCCACGGGACAGCAUUGGUAUCAGCAGUAAGAAUAUCAUUUUGAAUGCAGGCCAGUACUCGGAAGAACAUGUUCUAAAAUGCACAUUCAAAGCAUGUGAUCCAGAAGAAACAGGACAAGUUUCUGUUUUCCACAUCAUUGAAUACUUACAAGAAAUGACAGGGCAAAGCUGUGAAGACUGGAGGCUUCAGUCUCUCUACAAGAGAUUGGACCCUGAAGAACAAGGACUUACUGUUGAUUUUUCUACCUUCUAUUCUGUUAUGAAAGAUUGGAUUGCAGACUGUCAACAGGAAGGGGAAGAGGCUACUGAUUUGACAAACCAUAUCAAGGACUUAUACCAUGACAACAAACAGCUAGCAAUGCAGAAUGUUAAACUACAGAGAACUAUUGAGGCUGCCGAAGAGCUCAAUUCAAGACUCUCUGAAGAGAUUUCUCAAUUGAAAGGGAAGCUGAGAGGACUGUAUUACAGUAACCAACAAACACUGGAACAGGCUAAAGUCUUGGCAAAUGAAUUGGAAGAUCUGAAUUUUUUUUCAAAAAGUAUGGAGGAGGAAAAUAAUAGAUUACAUAUACAAGCGCGGCAGCUGGAAAAAGAGCAGCAGUUUCUCUCUGUUAAGAUGGAUAACCUUCAGGAUGAGAACAAAAAGUUGCUUCUGGAAAAGGAAAGCUCAGAGGGUAAAAUCAAAAAGCUAUUUACAAAGAAAGCCAAAAUGAAGUCACAACUCUCUGAGUAUGAAAAUCAUAUCUCCUGCAAAGAUGCUGCCCUUAAUAAGAAAACAAAACAAAUUGAAGAGCUUACAAUAACUCUGGAUGAAUAUCAAAUGAUGGUACAGGAAUUGAAACUGGAAGUUAGUAGGCUUCAAGAACACUUAUGUCAGUCCUAUCAAGACCUAAAAAUGUCACCAACAGACUCUCUACAAAACAUGAAUGGUUCCAUACAGACAUCCGCACAGUCGCUCUACAAAGAGAUUGAGGAAUCACGUAGAGAGAUCAGUAGGGAGUGUGGCUUGCCUAGUCCUCUGUGUGGGAUGUUGAAUUCUUUGGUGAUACAUCCAGUGGCUGAAGGAAGCAUUGAUUCUUUGACAGAACAGAAACAUAGCAAGAAUGGGUCAGAUGUUACCAAGGCAUCACUUCCAGUUUCACAUAAUAUGCCUCAUUUAAGCUUUGCAACUGAUGGUAAACUAAUAUCGAAGAAUCAGGAACAUAAACAAGACCGAAAUCAUCUUCUAUCAGAGAAAGGGGGAAGCAAGGAGGAAUCAAAACAAAACCUGACAAAUGAACACACUGGCAAUAGCAAGACUCUUGAAUUGACUCUAAAGAACAUGGAUGUGUGGACCUACCCAUCUAAUAUAGAAUCUCAGUCUCGGAGUCAGUCCUCCUCUCACGAACACACUCCUCCGCCGGAGAUGCUUUUCGUGGAUGGAGGAGAGCGAGAGACGCUUGAGGUGGUUGGGGACCGUGAGACGUCUUCCGAGAACGGACCGUUGCGCGACCUCGCCGCCUCUCCUGCGUGUAGAGAUGCUGAGCGGAGCAGAGUGGAGAGGGGUGGACGCCCCGCUUGUAAGCACGACGCACACCCUGUGGAGACUGGCGCAGGCGUCUAUGACUCCAUGGGCCUUCCUGGAGUGAAACACGAACGGCGGCACCCCCCUCCCACUUGGGCAGCCUGGGGUAAAGGGCGUUUCCACCCCAUAAGCCAGCCAUACCCUUCACUGCCCUCCAGUUCGGAAGUAAUUGCAGGAUCAGUUCUCCGGGGAAAAGCAUCUCCGGCGGAGGAGUAUGUUCGUGAGAGGAGGACUGACUCCGAGACUGAGAUCGAAGUAAUGGAUUCUCUUCUAUGUUAUGAAGCUGGAAGUUCUGUAAGAGCUUAUUCUAGAAUCAAUAAGGACAUGGAUAAUAUUCUGGUAGAUGCUCAGCAGACGCAGGUGGCAAAUCAGGAACUGCUUGUUCAUCAUGUUUCAUUAGAUCUUUGCCCUCAGUAG